UUAUUUCUAUGCGAUGGCAGAAGAAGCCCUCGACCCAAGCUGAUCAAGUCAGAAAGCGACAAUCUACUAUUUCAGAUUGCAGACUAGCAUAAUCAGUUUCUCCAUUGCCCCAAUUUCACCAUGGCUUCAAAGUUAGAUCAGCUUCAUUUUGUUUUGAUACCCUUAAUGUCCCCUGGCCAUCUUUUACCGAUGACAGACAUGGCAAGACUGUUGGCAGAACAUGGCGUGAUUGUUUCGAUUGUCACCACACCUCUUAAUACCAUAAGAUUCAAGUCCACCAUUGAACGUGCUGUUGAGUCUGGUCUCCACAUUCGAAUUCUCCAACUCCAAUUUCCAUCAGAUGCGCUUGGCUUGCCAGAGGGGUGUGAAAACAUGGACCAGCUUCCUUCCCGUGACUUGAUCAAGAACUUUUUCAAGGCUGCUAGCAUGCUACAACAACCAUUUGAGCAACUCUUCAAUGAGUUACAACCCCGGCCUAGCUGCAUAAUAUCCGGUAAGAAUCUACCUUGGACAGUUGACACUGCUCUCAAGUUUAAUGUUCCAAGGAUUUUCUUUGAUGGAAUGGGUUGCUUUUCUUUCUCCUGUACUCAUAAUUUAGAGGUUUCUAAGGUGUAUGAAACUAUGUCUAAGUUUGAGUCCUUUUUGGUACCUGGCUUGCCUCAUCGAAUAGAAUUAACAAAAGCUCAAUUGCCUGAAAAUCUCAAUCCUGGCUCAAAUGAUUUGACAAAUAUGCGUGGUAACAUUAAAGCAGUUGAACUAAUAGCUGACGGAAUUGUGGUCAAUACGUUUGAAGAACUAGAGAGUGAAUAUGUCAAAGAAUAUAAAACGGUUAAAGGAGAAAACGUUUGGUGUAUUGGCCCGCUUUCAGCUUGCAACAAGUUGAAUUCAGACAAAGCCGAGAGAGGUCAAAAGGCCUCAAUAGAUGACAACCAGUGCUUGAAGCCCUGGCUUGACUCAAAGAAACCUGGCUCAGUGAUUUAUGCCUGUCUUGGUAGCAUAUCUGGCCUGACAACUUGGCAACUCGUGGAGCUUGGUUUAGGCCUGGAAGCGUCAAACCAGGCAUUUAUAUGGGUAAUAAGAGGAGGCCAAAAAUCAGAAGGAUUAGAGAAGUGGAUUGCAGAGGAAGGUUUUGAAGAGAGGGUUAAAGAUAAAGGACUUAUAAUCCGUGGUUGGGCACCGCAAGUAUGGAUCUUGUCUCAUCCUGCAAUUGGAGGGUUCUUAACACACUGUGGAUGGAAUUCAACCAUGGAAGGCAUCUGUGCUGGUGUGCCAAUAGUAGCCUGCCCGUUGUUUGCCGAGCAAUUUCUCAACGAGAAGUUGAUUGUGGAGGUGCUGGGAAUUGGCGCAAGUGUGGGAGUCGAGGCUGCAGUGACAUGGGGAAUGGAGGAUAAGUUUGGUUUAUUGAUGAAAAGGGAACAAGUAAAGCAGGCUAUAGACAAGGUGAUGGACAAAGGCAACCUAGGAGAGCAAAGAAGAAAAAGAGCAAAGGAGCUCGGGAUGAGAGCAACUAAGGCUAUUGAGGAAGGUGGAUCCUCUUAUCAGAACAUGGAAAUGUUAAUCAAAUUUGUUCUUGAACGAACAAGAGGUGGCCAAGCUAGUUCAUGAGCAAGAUGAAAAUUAAGAUCAACAUUUCUUAAUUAGGGUCAUACCUUUUCUUUUCCUUGUUUAAGAGAAGGCUUGUAUGAAGUCAAAUAAAAAGCUAUAGUACUACUUUCAUAACUAAAUUUCUUAAAUAAUUCAAUGAACCUUUUUACUUU